AUGGAUUCGCAAAGAGGGAACGACGUGUCGCCCGAGGCAAUGCAGGCGCGCAUUCAGCAGGCGCGACGCGAGGCUGAAACCCUAAAGGAUAGGAUCAAGCGGAAAAAGGAUGAGUUGGCCGACACAACACUUCGCGCUGUAGCGCAGCAAUCUCACGAGUCCAUCCCGAGGAAUCAGUUAAUGAAGACAAAGAAGACACUCAAGGGCCAUCUAGCCAAGAUCUACGCUAUGCAUUGGUCCACCGAUCGGAGACAUCUCGUUUCCGCCUCACAAGAUGGCAAGUUGAUUAUCUGGGAUGCUUAUACAACGAACAAAGUACACGCCAUACCACUGCGCUCGUCUUGGGUUAUGACCUGCGCUUACGCCCCGAGCGGUAAUUAUGUCGCCUGCGGUGGCUUGGAUAACAUCUGCUCCAUCUAUAACCUCAACCAGAAUCGAGAAGGACCCACUCGUGUCGCCCGGGAAUUAACUAGCCAUGCUGGCUAUCUAUCUUGCUGCCGCUUCAUCAAUGACCGCAGCAUCCUCACUUCGUCAGGCGACAUGACCUGUAUGAAAUGGGACAUUGAAACAGGCACCAAGGUUAUGGAAUUUGCCGAUCACUUGGGCGAUGUCAUGAGCAUUAGCUUAAACCCAACAAAUCAAAACACUUUUAUCUCAGGUGCCUGCGACGCCUUUGCCAAAUUAUGGGACAUUCGUGCCGGCAAGGCUGUCCAGACCUUCGCUGGACACGAAUCCGACAUUAAUGCCAUUCAUUUCUUCCCAGAUGGUCACUCAUUUGUCACUGGUUCGGACGACGCGACCUGCCGGUUGUUUGAUAUCCGUGCUGAUCGAGAGCUCAACCUUUACGGCUCCGAAUCUAUCUUAUGUGGCAUUACAUCCGUAGCUACAUCUGUUUCAGGACGACUUCUAUUUGCCGGUUACGAUGACUUUGAAUGCAAGGUGUGGGAUGUCACGAGAGGGGAAAAGGUCGGCUCACUCGUGGGCCACGAAAACCGUGUCAGCUGUCUUGGAGUUAGCAACGACGGUAUCAGCUUGUGUACUGGUUCUUGGGACUCUGUGCUCAAAAUCUGGGCAUACUAA